AUGGAUAAUGGCAAAAUAAAUUGUGUCGUGUUCCUUGAUGUACGUAAGGCCUUUGAUUGUAUAAACCAUGAAAUACUAUUAAAAAAGAUGCUUAACUACUUUGGUAUAUCAGGAAUUCCACUAAAUUGGUUCAAGUCUUAUCUAUCUGAUAGAGAGCAGCAAUGUCUGGUAAACGGUCAUUUAUCGAGCCCGAGAGAGAUAAAAUGUGGUGUACCGCAGGGAUCUACCUUGGGCCCCUUAUUAUUCCUAUUAUACAUAAACGAUAUGCCUGACUCCUUAAAAUAUUCAACUCCAUCCCUCUACGCAGAUGACACAGAAAUUUAUCUAUCCUCUAAAGAUUGUGAUGACAUUGUUAUUAAAAUAAACCUUGAUCUUGAAAAUAUUCGAAAAUGGAUGCUACAAAAUAAGCUCCAAAUUCAUCCGACAAAAUCGAAAUAUAUGUUUAUUGGAUCAGCGUAUAAUAUUAAACAUAAGGUAUCUGGUAACCCAAUUCUUGUUAAUAACGUUCAAAUACCCAGGACUGAAAAUUAUACUUGCCUUGGUGUCAACAUUGACGAAAAAUUGACCUGGGAAAAACAUAUUGAUAUGAUAUGUUCAAAAGUCAGUGCGGGAAUCGGUGCUAUAAGACGUAUUAGGCCCUUCGUAUCGUCUGCGACACUAAAAUUGAUAAAUUUUCUGAAACGUUCUCUGAUCGUAAAUUUUUUAUUUGAAACACAAGCUUUCGACUGCCAGUCUGCAGUCUUCGACAGGUAAAGUGAUAAUAAACUAUUCUAUACGGAUAUAGCUACAAGGACAGUGGUUUACAAUUACAAUUAUAAUGACAUGCAAUAUAACAAUGAUUAGUUCCGCCUACGUAAACUCUCAGUGAAACGAGUAUACUUAUAAAUAUAAAACUAUGUCUAUGAUCUGUUCUUUUUUAAUAAAAAUCUAUAUUGUUCUGGUAAAUGUUGUGCAUUGUUGUCAGAAUUGGCUGUGGUUGCUGUAUGCCAGGACUCCAUUGUUGCUCUGUGUCGAUAGGUUGCCUUGUCUAAGAUUUCGCACUCAUCAAAGUUGAUUUUAUGGUCCUGAGUCCAAUCAUGUUUUGCUAUGUUUGAGCCGGAUUUCCAUUGUUUCACGUUUCUUUUAUGUUCCUUUUUUCUCGUUUCGAGAGCUCUACCAGUCUCACCUAUGUAGCUCCAGGAGCAGUCUGCGCAAUUAAUCUUGUACACGACGUUGGUCUGUUUUUCGGGAAGUGGUCUGUCCUUUGGUGACGGAAAGCCUUGUUCUAAUGUUCGGAGUGGUUUCGUUGUUGUUCUGAUGUCGUAUCGUUUGAGUAGUCUUUUCAGGGGUUCCGUUGAGCCGUUAAUGUAAGGGAGGACUGCGUAGCUGGAAUUUUUCUCUGGUUCGACAUUUUCGAAAAACAUACGUACAAGUUCUUCGGGUGAUGGCACGAAUCCUGUUUUCCUUGCACGUCUCUUCUCGACUUCGUCCAGAAAUAUUUUAGGAUACCCAUUACUUCUCAGAGCGACAAAAACACGAUCUUUCUCUUGUUGCUUGCCUUCGUUCGUGUUAGGGAGAUGGGCUGCUCGGUGAAGGAGUGUUCGUGCUGCGCUGAUCUUGUGUUGUUUGUCAUGAUGUGAGUUGUAGUCUAGGUAUCUGUCAGUGUGUGUAGGUUUACGGUAGACGUUAACGUUCAGACACCCGUUGUUACGGGUUACCAUUAUGUCUAAGAAUGAGAGUUGUCCGUUUUGUUCUUGUUCAAUAGUGAAGUUUAUGUGUGGGUCAAUGGCAUUCAGUAAAUUGUGGAAAUUAGUAAUAGCGUGUUUUUUGAUGAUUGAAAAACAUCAUCCACAAAGCGAAACCAUUUUUUAGGUGGCGUGUCGGUUCGGUUAAAGGCUAGUUCCUCGAUUUCCUCCAUACAGAGGUUUGCCACAAUAGGGCUAACGGGACUGCCCAUAGCACAACCGUGAAUUUGUUUGUACGUCUCGUUAUUAUAGUUGAAAUAGCUGUUUGACAAAGUAAAGCGUAAGAGUUUAAUGAUAUCAUCAAUGGAUAAAUUAUAGAACGUUGUCCUAGUGUGUCAUCUUUGCUAAGUUUAUUGCGAAUGUGUUCACAUGCUCUAUUGACUGGAAUGGCAGUAAACAAAGACACAACGUCAAAUGAAAUCAUAAUUUCGUCAUCCUCAAUGGUGGUGUUAAUCAGUUUAUUAGUGAAGUCAGUAGAGUUAGUGACUGAGUAACCGUUGUGAUUCUGUAACGGUGACAAAAUAUGUGCGAGGUGUUUGGACAUGUUAUAAAGAGCGGUGUUCCUACAUGUUACAAUGGGGCCCAAUGGAUUGCCUGGUUUGUGAUGUUUGAUUGACCCGCGGAUAGCGGGGGGUAUACCGUCAGUUGAAUGCAGUUUUUUGUAUGUUCGUUCGUCAAGUUUUUGUUGUCGUUUGAGUUCGAGCAACUGGGAGUUUAACUCACGUUCAAUUCUUUUAAAAGGAGGCUUCGUUACUUUGUCGUAGGUGUUUGGGUCAGACAGGAGACCUUGCAUCUUCUCGUCAUAUUCUUUCUUGUCCAUGACCACAAAGCAAUUGCCUUUAUCUGCUUUCAUGACAACGCGCGUCCCGUCUUUCUUCAGGCCUUCAAGUGCUUUGCGUUCGGCGGCGGUGGUGUUAUUAUGUUUGGGCAAGUUGGAGCGAUUUAGAAUGUUCGCAGCUGAUGUUCGUAUGGCAUCUUUGGACUCGUCCGGUAAAUCAGUGAUGGCGGCUUCGAUUUCGGCAACUAUGUUCUUGUAAGGGAUAAUAGAUGGUGUAAGAGCAAACUUAGGGCCUUUUCCUAGUAUGGCACGUUCGUCUGUGGACAGGGGUCUGCUGGAAAGGUUAAUAACCCAUUUCUCUGAGUCAGUUGUGUUUCCGUUUCUAAAUUCUUGUCUCAAAUUCUGUAACUUUUUUUGAUGCCUCGUGGUGAUGCGAUUUUGGACCGAUUCAGCUCUACUUUUCAAAAACUGGGAAAAACGAGCGAGGGAGUCAUCGGAAAUUAACGUUGACAGUUCGUGUCGGUUGUCAGCUAUGAUACGAUUAGUAGAUCGUAUUUCUUCGUGGCAAAUGCUGAUUCUUGCACGCCUUGCACAUAUUUUGUCACCAUUACAAAAUCACAACGGUUACUCAGUCACUAACUCUACUGACUUCACUAAUAAACUGAUUAACACCACCAUUGAGGAUGACGAAAUUAUGAUUUCAUUUGACGUUGUGUCAUUGUUUACUGCCAUUCCAGUCGAUAGAGCAUGUGAACACAUUCGCAAUAAACUUAGCAAAGAUGACACACUAGGACAACGUUCUAAUUUAUCCAUUGAUGAUAUCAUUAAACUCUUACGCUUUACUUUGUCAAACAGCUAUUUCAACUAUAAUAACGAGACGUACAAACAAAUUCACGGUUGUGCUAUGGGCAGUCCCGUUAGCCCUAUUGUGGCAAACCUCUGUAUGGAGGAAAUCGAGGAACUAGCCUUUAACCGAACCGACACGCCACCUAAAAAAUGGUUUCGCUUUGUGGAUGAUGUUUUUCAAUCAUCAAAAAACACGCUAUUACUAAUUUCCACAAUUUACUGAAUGCCAUUGACCCACACAUAAACUUCACUAUUGAACAAGAACAAAACGGACAACUCUCAUUCUUAGACACAAUGGUAACCCGUAACAACGGGUGUCUGAACGUUAACGUCUACCGUAAACCUACACACACUGACAGAUACCUAGACUACAACUCCCAUCAUGACAAACAACACAAGAUCAGCGCAGCACGAACACUCCUUCACCGAGCAGCCCAUCUCCCUAACACGAACGAAGGCAAGCAACAAGAGAAAGAUCGUGUUUUUGUCGCUCUGAGAAGUAAUGGGUAUCCUAAAAUAUUUCUGGACGAAGUCGAGAAGAGACGUGCAAGGAAAACAGAAUUCGUGCCAUCACCCGAAGAACUUGUACGUAUGUUUUUCGAAAAUGUCGAACCAGAGAAAAAUUCCAGCUACGCAGUCCUCCCUUACAUUAACGGCUCAACGGAACCCCUGAAAAGACUACUCAAACGAUACAACAUCAGAACAACAACGAAACCACUCCGAACAUUAGAACAAGGCUUUCCGUCACCAAAGGACAGACCACUUCCCGAAAAACAGACCAACGUCGUGUACAAGAUUAAUUGCGCAGACUGCUCCUGGAGGUACAUAGGUGAGACUGGUAGAGCUCUCGAAACGAGGAAAAAGGAACAUAAAAGAAACGUGAAACAAUGGAAAUCCGGCUCAAACAUAGCAAAACAUGAUUGGACUCAGGACCAUAAAAUCAACUUUGAUGAGUGCGAAAUCUUAGACAAGGCAACCUAUCGACACAGAGCAACAAUGGAGUCCUGGCAUACAGCAACCACAGCCAAUUCUGACAACAAUGCACAACAUUUACCAGAACAAUAUAGAUUUUUAUUAAAAAAGAACAGAUCAUAGACAUAGUUUUAUAUUUAUAAGUAUACUCGUUUCACUGAGAGUUUACGUAGGCGGAACUAAUCAUUGUUAUAUUGCAUGUCAUUAUAAUUGUAAUUGUAAACCACUGUCCUUGUAGCUAUAUCCGUAUAGAAUAGUUUAUUAUCACUUUACCUGUCGAAGACUGCAGACUGGCAGUCGAAAGCUUGUGUUUCAAAUAAAAAAUUUACGAUCAGAGAACGUUUCAGAAACUUUAUUAUGAAUCCUGGUCGCGCAUCUAGCAUUUUUAAGAUAUUGAAAAUGCUACCAAAAAUAACUUAAAAUUUCGGCUGAAGUGUAGAGAUUUAAAGUUUAAAUUUUCAGAAACGAAAGCGGAGCUGUUUACACUGAUGAAUUUGAGAAACAGAAAAGAAAACCGAGCAAACAAUUUGCUAAAUGUUCAUGUUUAUAAGUAUCUCACCAAGGAAAUUUAUAAACCCGAGGAUCCGAGAACAUUUAAGUCUGUUUGUGUGAAGUGUCAUUCAACUCGCCCAUUGACUAACUUGUUGAAUCGAGCAUGUUGUUAAAUAAAUUGUAAGUCGUUGAUUGUAAUUCAUUGUGCUUGUUUGUUGAUCUUCACGUCUGUCUGUCUGUUUGUUUGUUUGUUGGUCUGCAAGCCUGUUAUUGUUCAUACUGUGUAUUUCGAAUGUCUUGGAACCCCGUUAUUGGAGAACUAAUCUCUGUGUGGUAAUUCCAGCCAUGUAAUCUAUUGUGUGUCAUAGUUUGUGUUAACUAAUUUUGUGUAAUAGUUUGUAUUAAAUGGCAAAAUCUGUAAAAUAAAAUAAAAUAAAAUGACAGUAAAAUAAUGUACAAUCUAAUAUAAAAACAAAUAAAAUUUAUACGAUGAAUAUGAAAACUCAUUUGGCCUAUAUAUAUAGAAACAUUUACUUCAAACUUACCAUAAUACUGGCUUCUGUUGGCUUUAAAAAAACUCAAAACAAGUAAACAACUCUGAGGCUUUCUGGAUUUUCUCUGCAAACGACGUCACAAGCCUGCUGACGUCAACCUUUUUAUAAAGGUCUAUUGUUCCAUUCUGUAUAGGUCGACCUGGCAGAUUGGCAUGGAUGGGAGAAAGAUCAGAGAGAAGCACACCUGAAAAAGUUCAGAAAAGCAACGAUUCAAAAUGCUCGUAUCCAAGCAGAAGUGGUCCCACAUGAUACAGCAAGCGUACCAAGUGCAUCCCAUGAUCAACAGAAUUUGCCUUGUCCUUUGGCAGUUGGUUUCCGAGAUGCGGGUAUUCCAGAGGCAACACUCUGUGGUAUAUGGUCCAAGGCAGAAGCAAUUAUUUCCAAGUCAUCUGCUAUUGUCAACGCACCAGGAAACCUUGAUUCGAAGUUGGUUGAAAGUAAGUCUGGCAAAAGGCCUCAUUUUGUAACAAAAGAGAAGUUUGGAAGAUUUACAUGUGAUGAUGGGUGCAAGAUGUGGAUGUCUACCCGCAUAUGUGCACACACUGUGGCAGUAGCACACACCAUGAAUCUCCUCUUAUCUUUUGUUGAUUGGUGCAAGAAAUCUAAAGGGACAUCCGUUUAUUUGACAGGCAUGAUAUUGAGUGACACCCAAAGGUGCUAGAAAAAAGGGCGGAAAGCCAAAGAAGAAGUACGGUCAAUCUACUGAGCGAAACAUUACUGUCCAAAACUACGCCAGUCCUUUUGAUGAUCGACCUGUUCCUUCAACAUCAAGUCCCUUCGAGAAUUCUGGAUUCUUUCUCAAGUGGGUGAGCAGACAAAUUUCAGCGUGCCAGGGGAAAUGUCAGAGGCCAAUGAGAAAUGAAGAGGGACAUAUAUAUCCACCCCCUUAUGAUAUAUGCUUGGCAAGAAAAGAACGGCGCUCGUACAACAGCCCCGCAGAUGGUACUAGGAAGCUGGGAAAGGAAGGCGAUUGUCACUACCACCUAAAAAAAUCCUGCGUUGGUAAGGCUGAUCCGCCGUACCAAGGUGAGAAUAAUGUCAUUCCACCCCAAGUUAGGGUACGCCUUACCCAAAUUCAUAAGGAUGUUUUACGAAAGGAAUUUUGGCCUUAA